AUGUUCCCGCCUCAACAGGGUGUCACGCUCGACAUCGAAGCGCUGUCCGGCAUCUGUGGCUCCAUCUCCAUCGCCUGCUGGGUGGUUGUCUUUUCGCCGCAGAUCAUCGAGAACUUCCGGCGCGGGUCGGCCGAGGGCCUGUCGAUUGUGUUUAUAGUCGUGUGGCUGGCCGGCGACGUCUUCAACAUCCUGGGAGCGGUCCUGCAGGGCGUUUUGCCGACCAUGAUCAUCCUGGCCGUCUACUACACCCUGGCCGACAUCGUGCUGCUGGGCCAGUGCUUCUACUACCGCGGCUUCACCCUGACCGACUACGUGAAGGAGCCCCAGCACGCGCAGAACGGCGAUGCCGAGACGCGGCCCCUGCUGCACAGCGGUUCCGUCACCCAGCCGCCGUCACGCGACGAGCCACAUGAGCGCUCGUCGUCCAUCUCGCAUCAUCUCCGCCGCCAUCUGUCGCAGGACGGCGCCCACCUGUCCCCCGUCACGCCGCUGAUCGACCCCCCCAAACCCACCGACCCGCCCGCCGUGCGCAACCUGCGACCGACCACCGCGUGGCAGGCGGCGCUGCUCAACACCUUUGCCAUCCUCCUCGUCUGCGCCGCCGGCGUGUUUGGCUGGUGGAUCGGCGCGCAGAAGCAGCAGCAGCAGCGCCACCACCACCACCACCAGCAGCCCCCCAAGCAACCGAUUGUUGACGAACCCCCGCCGCCCCUGGAAUUUGACGUGCUGGGCCAGAUCUUCGGGUACCUCUGCGCCGUGCUCUACCUGGGCUCCCGCGUGCCGCAGCUCCUGCUCAACUACAAGCGGAAAUCCACCGAGGGGGUGUCGCUGCUGUUUUUCCUCUUCGCGUGCAUCGGCAAUUUGACCUACGACAUGUCCAUCUUUGCCUACUCGCCCGUCUGCCAGCAACCUGGCCAUUGCCGGCCGGGCGAAGCGAGGUCGAUCUACCUGAGAUACAUUGCCGUGAACGCGAGCUGGAUCGCCGGCAGCUUGGGCACGCUGUUGUUGGACAUGGCCAUCUUUGUGCAGUUCUUCAUGUACCAGAAAGACGAGGCCGAUGAGACCGAGUCUGCCGUUGAGGAUUAG